AUGGCUUCUUGUGCCCAUACCUCCAUAGGUGAUCCAGACAGAGGCAGAACCAAGAUGUAUAAGUUGGCCGUGAUGGGAACCUUUUGUGUGGGCAAGAGUGCACUGAUCAUGCAGUUUAUUGAAGAUUGUUUUUUGACCGAGUAUGACCCCACAAUCCAAGAUUUCUACCGUAAGCAAAUAGUGGUGGACGAAGAGCAGUGCCAGCUGGACAUUGUUGAUACCACAGGCAUUGAAGCGUUUUGCCCUAUGAGGAACCAGACCAUGAUCUGGGGAGAGGGAUUCCUCUUGGUCUAUGCAGUGAAUGACCCCCACUCUUUUGAGAACGUGAAUGUCCUCUGGGACCGUCUGCAUAGGCUCAAGGGCACCAAGCACGUACCCAUGGUGUUGGUGGCCAACAAAAUAGACAUGAGUAAUAGGCUGGUGGACCCCACACGGGGCAAGGAGAUGGCCAGGAGUUUGGGGGUCCCUUAUGUGGAGACAUCAGCCAAGACUGGGCAAGGUGUGGAGCAAGCCUUCUAUGAGCUGGUUCGAGAAAUUCGGAGGAAGCGAGCUGAGGAGGAACUCAAGAGCCUCUCGAAUACUAGCUGUUGCACAAUCCAGUGA